AUGAUUGAAUUGGCUGUUAAAUUACUUAGCAAUGAUGAUUCUCAGGCCUUAAAAGAAUGGGCCAUAAUAGAAGUUCAAGGAGAUCUUGAAUGUAAUACUGGAGAUACUAUUGGUGGAAAAUUAAUUGGCCAUUUAUUUUACUCUACAAAGAAACAACCUCUUUUAGUUAUUGGAUAUCAAACAUUGUAUGGAAAAGUAACUGAACAGAAACCUCCACUGGCUGUUUUGAAAAGACAGAGAUCACCCAGUGUGGAUUUGCCUACUUCAAGCAAUACAGAUCAAAAUAUCAAUUCCAAAUAUGAAGUAUUAGCCUUAGUGGAUAAAAAAAUAGUUUUUAGAGCUAGACCAAAACCAAUUGUUUGA